ACGUUUCCUAUUGGAUACGAUUCGUAGUCGUUUAUAAUACUUUCCAAUGGAGUCAUUCAACUGAUCAAUUGAUAUUUCACCAUAUUAUUGUACGUUAGAAGAAUGGAACAUGCAGUAGCAUGAUGAAAUCGCACACGAACCUGUUCUGAAUAUGUCAGGUCAAUGAUUUCAUGGGAAUUUUUCGAACUUCUAAUUUAUUUCAAGUAAAGAAAGCGAUUGUCCACGCAAUAAAUAAACAUUUAAGCCAGAAAGCCGAAUUAAUACGUUUAGGCGGUAGAAAAUAUAAGCAAUAUCAAAUAGAUUAUAUUAGAAAUAUGGAAGAUCCAAAGACUACACAGAUUUUAAAACCACUCAGGGAAGCUGUUAAAGAAAUGGGAGAUAUAGUUAAACAACUGAAAGAAAGAAAUGCUCCAGAAAUUGAUAUUAAAAAAGCAGUUAAUGAGCUGAAAGCAAGGAAGAAAAUUCUUGAAGAUAAGGAACUGGAACUUGCUCCUCCAGAAAUUGGAUUUGAACGUUCAAGAAUGGAAGAUCUUUUAAAAAGAAGAUUCUUCUAUGAUCAGUCGUUUUCUAUUUAUGGAGGUGUUGCAGGUCAAUAUGAUUUUGGUCCAAUGGGUUGUGCUAUGAAAAGCAAUAUGUUAAAUCUUUGGAGAAACCAUUUUGUUUUAGAAGAACAAAUGCUGGAAGUUGAUUGCAGUAUUCUGACACCUGAACCUGUUCUCAAGGCUUCUGGACAUGUAGAUAGAUUUGCUGAUUUAAUGGUUAAAGAUUUAAAGAAUGGUGAAUGUUUUAGAUUAGAUCAUUUAAUUAAAGCUCAUCUAGAAAAGUUAAUGUCGGAUAAAAAAAUAUCACCAGAAAAAAAAUCUGAAUGUGAAGAUAUUGUUGUAAAGUUAGAUGGUAUGACAAAGGAAGAAAUGAAUGCCAUAUUACGUAAAUUCAAUAUAAGGUCACCAAUAACAGAUAAUGAAUUGUCUGAUCCUGUUGAAUUUAGCCUUAUGUUUAACACAACAAUUGGACCUUCAGGAUUGAUUAAAGGUUUUCUUCGCCCAGAAACUGCUCAGGGUAUAUUUGUUAAUUUCAAGCGUUUAUUAAAUUUUAAUCAAGGGAAAUUACCUUUUGCUGCAGCACAAAUUGGUAAUUCUUUCCGUAAUGAGAUAUCUCCACGUUCUGGUUUGAUACGAGUUAGAGAAUUCACUAUGGCAGAAAUUGAACAUUUUGUUGAUCCAGACCAGAAACAACAUCCAAAGUUUAAUUUUGUAAAAAAUCUGGAACUUACACUUUAUUCUGCUUGUAAUCAAAUGGAUGGAAAGCCUGCAGAAAUGAAAACAGUUGGUGAUGCAGUUAGUCAGAAAAUUAUUGCCAAUGAAACUCUUGGAUAUUUUAUGGCAAGAAUACAUUUAUUUCUUGUUAAAAUUGGAAUAGAUCCCAAAAGGUUAAGAUUUCGUCAGCAUAUGAGUAACGAAAUGGCUCAUUAUGCGUGUGAUUGUUGGGAUGCUGAAUGCAAAACAUCUUAUGGAUGGGUGGAAUGUGUUGGCUGUGCUGAUAGAUCCUGUUAUGAUUUAUCUCAGCAUUCAAAAGCUACUGGUGUGAAAUUAGUAGCAGAGAAGAAACUUCCAGAACCUAAAACAGUUGAAGUUGUUGAAUGCCAACCACAAAAAAAUGUUAUAGGCAAAAUUUUUAAAAGAGAAGCAAAAGACGUUAUAGAAAAAUUGACAUCCCUCGACGAAGAAGCUAUAGCAAAAUUAAACAAAGAAUUAGAAGGAAAAGGGAACUACACCUUAAAUGUCGGAGAUAAAGAAUACACAAUUACUCCAGAUAUGAUUGCCAUUAAAAGAUUUCAGAAAAACAUUCAUGGUUGGUUCAGUAUGCUACUUUUAUAUUUUGCGCUUCCUGCAACAAUUGCACCUGUAAAAUGCUCUGUCCUUCCAUUAGGAAACAAUCCUGAAUUUGCACCAUUUGUUAAGGAAAUAUCUGAGGAAUUAACACGCUAUGAUGUAUCUCAUAAAGUUGAUGAUAGUAGUGGUUCUAUAGGCCGUCGAUAUGUGAGAACUGAUGAAAUUGCUAUCCCCUUUGCUAUCACAAUAGAUUUUGAUACAUUGAAAGAACCAUAUACUGUUACACUUAGAGACAGAGAUUCAAUGGAACAGAUCAGGGCACCUCUGGAUGAUAUCCCACCAUUAGUUAGUGAUUUAGCAAACGGAAGAAGAACUUGGGAGGCAGUAAAAGCCCAAUAUCCAAAAUUUGAAAAACAAGAAUCUACAAAAUCUGGAUAGUGCUUUUUAAAUGUUAUAUUUAUAAUUUGCUUGACUUUUAUUUUAUAUUAUAUUAUAUAGAAUUGUAUAUGGAAUAAAAAUCUGAUGUUAAAAAG